GGGCGCUGUAACUGCUCUAAGUACUGAUCAUCAGUGAACAGAAAUUACGCCAAGGAGGAAUCAACUCUAUUCACCAGAAAUCCGUCCUGUUUUCUGCAAUCCGACUUUGCUGGUCGUGGUAUCCGACGCCAAUGGCAAGCUCUAGCAUUGUUGAUGCCGUUGAUGAUAGCAAGAAGUCUCAUGUCGAAGAGUUAGGCAUAACCAACCAUGCUUCGAAACGGUUGGCAUGCAUGACAUGUCGUGAGCGAAAGAUUCGCUGUGAUAGAAAACAUCCAACGUGUGGGAGGUGCGCAAAAAUGGGGACAACAUGUCGCUACCUGAGUCGUUCCAAGCCGACGCCGUCAAAGCUAGAUCUAUCACGAUAUUUAGUGACAAUAAACGACCGUCUGAGUGAGCUAUGAGCUUGAAUUUGCCCUUUUACGUUAUGCAACACAGGUUCCGGCUAAUCCAGACUUCUCCACAGA